UUCUUUAGUGGUUCGCCCUGCCUGCCAACCUCAGCGGUCGCAACCCCUUUCUCUCCAUGCUCUCUCGGCCGCGCCAACCAGCCGCACCGCCGCCUGUUAGUUUGGUGGCUCGUCCCGCAGGCAAUCAUCAGCAGUCACCGCCAGGAGCCAUUGCCACCAAGUCCCUCCUCCUGUCGUCGAAGAGCAGCCUCUCCCUUUCCCAGCAGGAUCGGCAAUCCAAAUCUGACGAAUUAGGUUACCUAAGGCUGGAGUAUCAGGGGUGCAUGGCAUUUAGCCCAUCCUGUCACCGUGAGAGGGAGUCAAGUACUGGAAAGACGACUUGGAGUUCUCAAGGUUGGAGAAGGCACUUACCUGGGAAAUGUUCUAAUCGGAGCUGAUCUCAACCUGGUUCUUGUUCUCUUACCCGUAUCUGGUGUUAAAGAACCUUGCUGGCCCCAACGUAGUGUCUUACAACAGUCUGAUUUCAGGAUAUGGACCAGCUGGAUAUGCUUUGUUUGUGGCAGUAUAUGCAGCAUUGGAGGUACGAAAUAUGAAGCGAAAUAUUGGUCUAUUUUCCGGGUUCAUUUGGACCGGUAAUGAGGAAAAACAGAAGUCAAAAGUUAAGGAGAAGCUUGACAAGUGCGUAAAGGAAAAGCUUAUAGAUUUUUGUGAUGUGCUCAAUAUUCAAGUAACUAAAGCCACAGUGAUAAAGGUAGAACUCACUGUAAGAAUCAAGGACUUCUUGGAAUCCCCAUAUGCUACAACUGAUGUUUUGCUCGCUGAUAAGGAACAGAGAGGUAAGAAGCGAAGGUCGAUCACUGGGAAGAAUUCAAGCCCUGGUGAAGCAUCAGCUAAGUUGGAUAGUAACUGGAAACAUGGGGGGUGCGGACAAGGGAAGUGAAUCAACUAAUGGCCUCAAUGGGAAUUCUUCGAAGAAUACAAUGGAGAAUACCGAGAAGGUUGAGAAUCUGAUUAGAGAGGUUUAUGAGGGAGUGACGGUGAUGUUCAGAAAAACUGAUAGGCGUUUCGAUGACCUAGCCAAUGACUUAUUGGAUCUGACAGGGAGGAAUUAUGAGCAUUGUAAGCUUCUGAGAGAGACGACUGAAGCGGUUGAAGCGGAAGUUACAGAACUUAGGGGUACCCUGAGUGAUGAGGUUGCUGAUCUGUCUAAACAGGUUCGUUGCGUGAACAAUGCAAUCAAAAACCUGAAGACAGAUCUGCUGGAUGCAGUGAGGACCGAGGUUCAGAAGUUCAUUGAGACAAAGAAGGAACGCCAGUAUGUCGACUUGACUUUAGAAUCAGACGGGGGAAAUAGCAAACCUGUACGCCGUGCACGUGCAAGUGCUCGUUCCGUGGGUGGAAAAUUGAAGGUGCCAGCGUUUCCGGAUAUUACCAAACCCAAGAAAAAGACUACAAAAUGUAGAGCUGGGCCUUUCACAGUGGGGAUUCAUGUCAGUCCCGAGGACAGCAUGUUAGUGGAUUAUGUAUUCCGUACCGGCAAAGAGGGAGGUGAUGAGAAGAUCGCCAUGAUAAUUUGCACCUUUCUAACUAGGGAGGAUAUUUUGACCCUUGCACCUAAAUCUCCACUGAGCACGUUGAUUCUGGACACUGUUGUCGAAAAGUUGACAUGGGAAGACAGGGACAAACCAAAAAGGGAAUGCGCCUUUCUGCCCGUUACAUUUGCGGCGAAAGCUUCUGGAAAUAGAGACGACCUACGAAGCUUCAUCAGCUUAGAGCACUUGAAAACGCUAUACUGUACUGACAUUCGUGACUGCGAGGCGAUAUUCAUUCCCAUAUACAUGGGGAACCAUUUCUUGCUGUGCGUGGUAAACCUGAAGAAGCAACAGUACUGUCUUUGGGACUCGCUACCGUCAUGCAUGAAGGAGACAGAAAUUAAUCAAAAGCUGGUGGACAUUAUGGGAGCCUUGGAUGUAUUAUUUUUUGAUGACGGCGCUGCCUGGUUCCAUGACGUUAGCUCAUUUCUGGCUUUUGAGUUCAACCCAACAAAUGAUGCUCCCCGCCAACCCAAUACGUGGGAUUGUGGUAUGUUUGUGAUUAAUUGGAUGAAAUGUGGCCGCUCCUUGAACAAAAAGACAGCAAAGUGCAUGGGGAAACGGUUCAAUAGUGAGGAUGAACGUUUGAAGUUGGUGCUGGAACUGAUCGAUUGCACCCAGAAUGAGAAGACAGCCUUACUUCACAAAGCAAGAGAACUGGUCGCAUGAAUAAGCUUUACUGGAUGAAUUGAGGCGAAUGAGAUGUUUAUCAAUAUUUUGUUGUGUUUAAACAAUUGGCUUGGUUUUAUUUUUGGAGGAUUUUCUGCAUGUUGUUGGGAUUAUUAGUUCUAUUCCGUGGAUUGGAAUCUCUUGUUCAUUUCGUUAUGUUGUUGGGGAUUAGUGUUCCAAGUUAUGAGGCUUUAGUACUUUGCUUAGACGGCUGGGUUUAAGCUGAAUGAUAUUGCCCAUGGAUAUUUUAAUGCGAUUUGAUGAAACUAAAGAGCUAUCUUCUCUUCUUUUCA